AUGGCCCCUCCGUUCCGUGCCGAGCACUUAGGUUCGCUACUGCGACCCGAAGAGCUGCUAAAUGUGCGUGAAACCAUUCGGGACAAGGGUGUCUCGGCAGAGGAGGCAGGGCUACCGGCAGUUGAGAAGAAGGCCAUUGGCGAUGUAGUUAAGCUGCAGCAGGACUUAGGCCUGAAGGCCGUCAACUCGGGUGAAUACAACCGUACCCGGUUCUGGGGUCUCUUUUGGGAUGAGAUCGAGGGUACCAUCCGUCUCCAAGAUGCCGACGCUAGCAUGUUCCGGUUGUAUCACCCGGAUGUUGUUAGUCUGAUCGAGACAGGCAGGAAGGUUAUGCCCGGAGAGUCUGUUAUUGCUGGAAGUAAACUGUCGCACAGCCCUGCCAAGGCGGUGUCCAAUUUGUCUGAACUUCAGGAGGUCCAGGCAUUCGUUCCGAAGAGCGAUUGGGGUAAUAUUAAGCUUACUAUGAUUGCGCCGUCCUGGUUCCACAUGAGGUACAAGCAAGGCCAGGCCUAUACGAAAGAAGCCUAUGCCAACGACGCCGAGUACUUUGCAGAUGUUGCCAAGGUUUACCAUGCCGAAUUAGAAACAUUAUACAAGGCCGGGUUACGAAAUGUCCAAUUUGACGACCCUGGCAUGGCUUACUUCUGCUCUAAGGACUUCCGAAAGGGUUGGGAAGAGGACAAGGACAACAUUGGGACAUGGGAGGACCUUCUUGACGCCUAUAUCAAACUAUACAACGACUCUCUUGCCGGCUUACCGGCAGACUUCCACUCAGGUAUCCACCUGUGCCGAGGUAACUUCAUCGGCGGAAGGCACUUUUCUGAGGGAGCGUACGAUAUAAUUGCGAAGAAGCUCUUCGAGAAUCUGAACGUGAAUACAUUCUACCUCGAGUAUGAUACUGAGCGAGCAGGCGGUUUUGAGCCUCUGCAGUUCCUCCCUAAGGACAAGAACGUCGUGGUUGGUAUCAUCAGUACAAAGUUAAGACAGCUAGAAGAUAAGGAGGAGACGAAGGAGCGCAUCUUCAGGGCAGCGGACUUCGUAGCGAAGGGAAAUGGCCAAACCCGUGAAGAGGCCCUGAAGAGAAUCUCCAUUAGCCCCCAGUGCGGUUUCAGCACCCACGAGACUGGAUACCCCUUAACAGUUGACGACGAGAAGAAGAAGUUGUCGCUUGUGAGGCAGAUAGCAGACGAAAUUUGGGGCGAGCCCUAG